UGUUUCGAGCGUAACUGAAAGUUGUGCUCCCGUGUUUGGUAUACGCAGCCAUGCAGUUAACCUCCACGCUGGAGCUUUAUCCUGAUUACAGUGUCACGCAACUUCUUUUUAAAGAUGUUAAGAACGCUGCAGAGUUGAGAAAAAAUGCCAUGGAGGGGCUCGUACAAGGUGCCUUGAUAAAUCCUUCAAUGAUUGUGGAUCCUUUUCAAAUUUUAGUGGCAUCCAACAAAGCAAUUCAUUUACAGAAGACUGGGAAGAUGAAAACGAGGAGCCUGUUCUCAGAAAUCAUCUACAACCUCUCCCCCACCAACAAUAUUUCAGAAGCGUUCAAGAGAUUUGGGAUCUCUGAUGAUGAUGGUGCGGUGUAUGUAGUCCUGGUUUACCCCAAAGAGGAGGCUGCUGAUAUUAGUAGUAUCGUUAGCAGGGUCAAAGGUCAGCAGAUCCCAGCUGAUAUGAUAUCCACUCUAACUGACGCCGCUAAAAUAAAAAAGCUUUACAAGGUGUCUCCCCAGGAAGAGACGAAUGGCAGUCUACUGGAUGCAGUCAUCUGCAGAAUGGCAAUUAAAGAUGUUUCAUAGCACUACAAUGAGUCGACAGCUAGUUUGUUUUAAAUAUUCACAACUAAUACCGCCAGCAGUUUGUCCCCUCCUUUCUAAAACUUAUGAACCCUUCUUAAUUUGAAUCAGUUUUAUUUUUAUAUUGAUGUACGCCAAUUAAAAAGUUCAGCAGAACAACUCCUGUGUCUUACACAAGUUUUUAUGUUGACAUGUUGUAAUGACCAGUACUUUGUCUAUUUGAAUGAUGUGUGACCUUUGGGACUUGUCCUGUCUCUCCUGUGCAACGCAUAAAUGAAUGCAUUUCUUUGU